AUGACCAGCGGUGCUUGGAAGUGUCGGCAGCGAGAUGACGGCUUACAAAUUUGGUGUGCUCCCCGCGAGAACGAGAAGCCAUUCACCGACUCCGAGAGGGCCCAGCGAUGGCGAUUGUCCUUAGCGUCCCUCUUAUUUCUAACCGUUCUACUUUCUGAUCAUCUGUGGUUCUGCGCCGAGGCCAAACUGACAAGGACCCGAGACAAGUUAGCAUCAAUGGACAUGAGCGUAAACCACAGACCCGACCUCCCUUCAACACACAGCAGCCUCAGAAGAAACGAAGAUGCUAUUUUUGUAGUCAAUUCUACCAAACCUUUGUGGCAACUAGAAACUUGCCUCCCGGAUAGUUUGUCUGAAUACUGCUUCACUUUUGUCGACGCUGACCACUUGUGCAGGGGCCUUUCGGAAACGGAGGGGACUCGGUGGUUGAACAUAAGCGAUUUGUACCUUUCCUUUUGUAAUUCGUACUCUCUUAUGGAUUUGCUUUACGGAUCAUUAAGUCCGGACAAUUUGAACUGCAGCCUUGACGCGAUCAUGGACGGCGACCAAAACAGAUGCAGUGAGUGCGUUCAGGCAUACCAGCGUUAUGACCUGCACGCGCAGGAAAAAUAUGAGGAAUUUGAGAUGAUGGCAGACAAAUACGAGACGGAUGUGUACUCAGUACGGACGUGCAUGGAAGAAUGUAAGACUGUCUACAAGCCCUGGCUCUGUGCUCAGUAUUUCCAGAGUCCUCAGUCAGGCUGCAGUCAUAAGAUUCCCUGUGAGCAGUACUGUCUUGAAGUCCAGCAGAGGUGUCCGUUCAUAUUGCCUGACAAUGAUGACCUUAUACAUGGUGGCACUCCCAGUUUUAUAUGUAGAGGGCUUUCAGAGAAACCAGACAUCAACCAGGAGCCAGAGUGCUGUGAUGUGCGGUGGGACCAGAAGUCCAACAACCGUUCCCGCGGCACUUUAAAAAGAACUCACCCUUCCUGCCAGCACACAUCCGUGACCUCCUCGGGGACUCCACGGCUCGGGCAGGGCCGGCUGAAACUUUGCUUGCUGGUUCUAGUUCUUCUCCACACUGUGGCUACCAUGACGGCUAAUCAGAACUCGACCUGCCUGACCGCCAUCUUUCCACUGGAUGACAACGCCCCCAGAGAAGAGUAA